AGGACGCUCUUCAGAGCAGUAGACGUUUGUCUUUGGUCGAAGCAACAUGGUUUCACCCUGUAGGCAGUGUGAAUGUAAACAGGCAGUCCCAGCUCCUAAACGAUAAAUACUCUCGCAUCAGCUGAAACACAGCGGUAACUGUUAUCCGAGCUCAAUGGCUUUCAGAGUGUGUGCUCGGUUUUUCCGAGACCCCGCCGUCCUCUUCAGACGGGUCGUCCUGCCUGCUCGACAGGAAAGUGCGUCAUGGUUUCUCUCUGCGGGAGAUGCUGCCUGCAGCAGAGAAGGGAGGAAUGGAUUUAUCCUCACUCCUGCUCGUUUUAUUACAUCAGAGGCGUUUCUCAACAGACUGAUGAAAGGCAAAGCAGCAGAGGCAGACAGCAGCUUUUAUCGCCUCCCAGCCUCAGUUCCGCCGGACAGCGGUGAACAACUAUCUUUGUUACAGAGAAAUCCAGACCAGCCUGACAACUCAAAAGUUUUGAAAGUGGCUAUAAUAGGUGCCCCAAAUGCGGGGAAGUCCACGUUGUCCAACCAGCUCCUUGGCAGAAAGGUGUUUGCUGUGUCUAAGAAAGUACACACCACACGGUCACGUGCCCUGGGCGUCCUAACAGAGGAUGAUACACAGAUAAUUUUACUGGACACUCCUGGUUUCACCACUCCAUCAAAGGUUAAAAGACACCAGCUGGAGAAGUCUUUGCUUGUGGAUCCCUGGAACACAGUCAAAGAAGCUGACUUAAUGGCCGUUGUGGUGGAUGUGGCUGACAGAUGGAUGUGCAGCAGGCUUGACUUUGAGGUGCUCAAGUGCCUGGCCCAGCACUCAGACAUCCCAGCAAUCCUGGUCCUCAAUAAGGUGGACCUGGUGAAGGCUAAGGACAUGCUGCUGGAUGUCACAGCAGAGCUGACAUGUGGAGUGGUGAAUGGACGCAGAAUGCGGGUCAGACCAGUGAUCAAGCCUCCAUGGGCCGAAAAGAGGACAGAGAGGGAUGCAGAGUUACCGCUUGACGAGGACAACGCAGGGCCCGAGGACAGCGCUGAGCCAAACUCUGGGCUGAACAAAGAGCAGCUGAAAGCCCUGAGGAACCAGCAGGGCUGGCCUCACUUCAAAGACGUCUUCAUGCUCUCCUCUGUGGACAGAGAGGACGUGGAGGCGCUGAAGAGCUACUUUCUGGUUGCCGCCAAGCCAGGAUUGUGGCAGUACCACAGUGAGGUCCUGACCGAUCAGAGUCCAGAGGAAGUCUGCACCAACAUCAUCAGAGAGAAGCUUCUGGAGUAUCUGCCCCAGGAAGUGCCUUAUUCAAUGACACAGUCAAUAGAACUCUGGCAAGAUCGAGAAAAUGGUGAGCUCGAUAUUUCAGUGAAACUUUAUGUCAGGAAAGAAACUCACAUGGGGAUGGUGAUUGGCACAGCUGGCCAGAUGGUAACACGGAUUGCCCGAGAGGCAGGCGAGGACCUGAGCCGCGUCUACCUGAAGGAAGUAAAGCUGAAGCUCUCAGUCAAGCUGAGGAAGUGAAGAGGAUGGAAGGACUUUGAUGGUGAAAUCCUGAAAAGACAGAUCCUGCUUGAUUUCUCUGCAAAGGACAGACCUGAAGAGUCAAACUGAGGAUAAGAUGUCAUCGUGAGUCUGAAGUGGAGCUACGACAUGGCAUAUACUGUACCACAGUCUUAGAGCUCCCACUGAGCUCGUACCUCUUUAAGGAAUAGAAAUCGUACUUAAAAGUUUGAUGUUUACAUCAGCACCAUUUUUUCAUACAUAACAGAUUUUUAUGCAAAGAUGGUACCUAUAAGAUGUGGUCUUUAGAGUGGUAGAGAAAUGUGAUAAAGCUUUAAUUGUUGUAAAAUCGAUUUUACAUGACAUUUAUUAGAUGACAGGAAAUGAGGGUCCCCGACCAGACGCCAGCCGGGGACGCUGCAGGUCAAUGUCAGGCCUUAACCUCCAGGCCACCAGGGUACCUCAACUUCAUGCAAAAAUUUGAUGUAUCUAAGUGAAAGUGUAUCUAAGUGAAAUGGAGAAAACAUGUCGAUUAAAAGCAGCUUACAUAAGCUGCAAAAUAAAGUGUAAUGAAUUAUAGACAUUUAUUUAGCACUGAUAUAUUUUAGGUAACAAACAUGAUGCAGACUUUCGUCAAAUGGAUGUUUUGCCACAAGUUUGACAGUGUGUUUAUGGCUGAGCAGGUUUGGCGAGCUGUGAAAGGGCUGAUGGUUUAUCUUUGGCUCUCAGAGCUUUUUACUUGGCGGACGCCUCGUGCAAACAUGGACUGUAGAUAAGCUGAAGUGGGACCUGCACAGUCAUGUUCACUCAGAUGUCCCUGAUGUACCAUCCACCCCUGUUCCCUGCACUCCCACAUCACUUUAGCCUUCUCCACUGCCUUUGAAGUGUGGCCAUCCAUCCCUCUGACUAUCACUUUUUGUUCUCCUGCUUCUUCCCCUUUUUCUCUCUCCUCCUCCCUGCCCCCUCUCACUGCCUCUGCUUUUUUGGCUCUUAUGAUUUUCAGCUCUGCCCCCGAGGGCUGAAUUGUCUCCCUAAUGGAUGGCAAAAUGGAGCACUAACCUGAUGCUAAAAUGGGUCAGAUAAUGGUGAUUAGAUUCAUUCCUGCUGCCUGUGAGUUAACUCGACAGUUACUCUAUCCGGGGCAUCUUGAUGAAUAACCAGCCAGUGGCCUAAAGCAAGGGC